CAAAAUCAAACUCACGGACUGUGGGCAGUAGUGAAAAUUAUUAUUAUUUUGUUUUACCGCUAAUAGACGAUGCCUGAGCCCCGGAGUCCAAUGGCGAGUUUCGCCCAGUCGGUGAGCAAUAUUAUUGAUGGGCCUGUAACAUGGUUCAGGGAAACUAUUGUUGAACCUAACCAGAAGAAACAAGCAUGGUACCAUCAACGUUUUCAACGUGUGCCCACAAUCGACCAGUGCUACACUGACGAUGCUGUCUGCCGUUUUGAAGCCGAUCAACAAUUUCGCCGGGAUCGAAUGGUUGAAAAUGAAAUCGUAUCGAUUUUGCGUCAACGCUUCGAAGAUUGUACAUUGUAUGAAGCGCCUGAUCAUAUUAAAAAAUGCAAGCCAAUUUUAGAACAAUACGAGAAAGCUGCUGAGAAUUGGUUUAUCAAAUAUGGAGAUUUAGGUGGUUAUGCUAAUGCUAAAAGUGCAUACAUGAAGCAGAAACAUCGUUUAAUCUGGGAACGUCGCCAUGGACAAGUCGGUAGUGGAAUGAAAACUGAGGAAGUAUCACCUACUUUUGCUGCUGAGGAAGAGUAAGCAGAUGCCACACGUAAUCUAUUAUUUGUGUAUGUGACAGUAAUCAUGCAUUGAAAUUAAAGCAAAAUUAUGAUACUUUUAAGAACAAUA